AUGCCGACUGAAUACCAGAUAUCAUCAAAUAUAGACUUGAUAAUCCAUCUCUACAAUUCAUCGUCUCCACCCCCUUCGCCAAACGAGCACACUGAUUCCAACGACUAUGGUAGUUCUUCACCUUCCGAUAUAAUAAAGUACUACGUAACAGCCUGGUCCCUACAACAAGCAUCACCAAUCUUCUCACGAAUAAUCUCCCCUUCUCCUCACUUCAAACAACCUUCAAAGAUUGUCUACUUGGGGGUAGAGUGUAAAUCAAUCACUCUAGAAGAUGACUGUCCCCAUGCACUAUCAAUAGUUCUGAACCUCUUACACUUAAACACCAAAUCUCUACCUUCUAUUAACGAGAUAUCAUGGAAUACUUUCUAUGAUAUUGCGAUUAUAUGGGACAAAUAUGAUAUUAGCAAUCUCAUCGCGCCACCAUGGUUGAAGUAUUUUCAGAAGGUUAUGAAUGGGGUUGGGUAUGAAGGGUGGUUGUUUAUUGGGAAGACUUUCGGGGAAGGGGAAGGGUAUGUGGAGUUGACUGCUAGGUUGAUUGUUGAGGCUGGGCAGAAUCUUUCAGGCAAGGAAGCCAUCGAGGCUGGACCAGGAGGGGUGGGUUUUACGAGAGGUGGAAGGUAUAUUGAUGCCAGCGGCUGGCCGGAUUCUGUCAGAGAGCAUAUAACCUCAGAAAAUAGCAACCUAAUGGAGAAACUCCGAACUAUUUUGACAACCUGGAAAUGGAGCUUCAAAGGAAAACGCCCUAGAGCAUUGUGUACCUGCUAUGGGAAUGUACCUAGAUACAACCGCCACACCUCCCUUUCAAAUAGUAUCGCCGAUCUCCUCUCCGACGAAUCUAUGACUCUAUCUCCACAGUCUCAUCGAGCGGGUAACAGUAACACAUCGGCUCGGGUUAGAUUAGCUUCCCGACUAAGGGAUAUCGAAGGCGUGGCGAAUUGGCAAUGGAAUGGAUCCAUCGUGACUCUACGACGACGAAUGGGAAUUUUUCGAAGUUGCAUGGGAGAUAGGGAUAUGAGACAGGUGAAGCAUAUGCUCGAGAAUGCGGAUAUAUAUGAUUUAUGUCCAUUGGAGGAGUCAGCGUUACGAGUACUCUAUGAUUUUGACCAAACCAUUGAAACCAUCAGGGGUAUUGGAAUCGAUGGGAAGAUAAUUGAUGUUCCGCUGAACCGACUGAUUGAAGAUGCCAAAACAGAUCCGUGGAAUUCAAAGGGGGAUGGGAAGAAGUGGGAUAGUAUAGCAAUGUUGGGAGUUAGGAUUUCGGGAAUAUUUGCGCUUCUGUCGGUAGUCGUGUUUGCUAUCGCUCUGGGGAAAGGGUGGGGGGUUAAGAUGGUUGAAAGUGGAAUCGUGACUUAA